UUUGGUCUUGUGUAAAAGAAACGAUGUAUUGCGUAGCGUCUCGAUAGGCACAAUGACUCUGCCUAGUUAGGUUAUUCGGGAAAGGGACUUUUAUUUAGAGCGUAAUAAAACUAUUACAGGCCCCAGGGUGCUACCUGGUGUGCUUUUAGCAGGGCACAGCAUUGUGAAACAUUUAGAAAUGUACUGUGUAGAACAAACACGUUUUUUGACAGGAAUUAUGUCAACCCUUUCAGUGCCAUUUCUGUCCGCAGCAAUCUUCAAGACAGUUGGCCCUGUUCUUGUUGAAUUCGAAACACCGCCAGGUUUAUUCUAAGUCGUAGCAGCAGCCUAAUGUUAUGAUCAAUGUUAUUCAAAACAGUUUAUUGAUCUUGAAUACAACCCACCCCCUACACCCCCUUUUUAAACUUUUUUCUACGUCCAAGCGUAAGAACUCAUCUUCCCUAACACCCACUAACGUUAGAUAGGUAAGAGGCUGUCUGGGAAGGAGAAACAAAUACCAGCAGCAACUACAAAACAUUAGGUCCCAGACUUAAGCACAAGUAGUUUGGGUGACAAGCGGGUGUCUGCUACAGAACAAUGGAAGGUAAGGCGAGUAAGCAGAAUAGAUGAUGUAUCUAUACCCACUCUGUGAGCCCUGCUCAUGGAACUGAGCCUGCAGGUGUGUAAAAUCACCCAAAGUUGGUUUCUGUUUGGAGACACGGUUAACUUGUGCACCCCAAAUCCCUUCUAAUGAAUUUAAUCAUGUGUUACUCGCCAUUACAGGAAUAUGUAAGUCAAUGUGUACAUAUAUAAAUAUAUAUAUGUAUAAAUAUAUUAAAGAUUUUUAACUAGCUUGCUAUUGAGUUUUUAUUUAAUUUUUUUAGCUCGUAUUAUUGUAUUAGAAUGUUGUUGAGGUUAAAAUGUACACAAAUGUUCUUAGAAAUUGCCUUAAAGCCACCAAGAAGGCACUGAGGACAUAUACAAAGCUGUAAAAAUUUACAUUAAAACGAGGAAGUGGCCGUUUUGCUAUCGCGCUGUAAAACCUCACCGGUUCAAACGCGGUUUUGUUGCCGUGGCAACCCAACAAGAGCGUCGUCCAAAAUGGCGAGUUUGCUGGGGAAAAGUUUAUUUGAAAUCAGUGGACAAGGCCCUGCUCCCAAUAAAGACUUCUUCCAGUUUUCUAUCACCAAGACAGAUGUUAUUUGGAGGUGGUGGAAGAUUUCUUUGAGAAGUGAUGGUCGGAACACAAAACCAGGAGAAUUGAGGGAAUCUCAUGAGGACUUCUUGGACGACAGCCGGCUCCAGAGUCAGCUGAGUGUGGUGUUCGGCCCACGGAUCCUCCAGUACAGCCGUGCGCUGUGUCAGGGCCACUAUGACUACCUGGAUCGCCUGCCCGACCCCCUGUUGCUACGCAUCCUGGCCCACCUGGACCUGGAGGAUGUGGCUUCGCUCGGAUGCACGUCCCAAAGGUUCCGGAAGCUGUGUGGUUCCGAGGAGCUCUGGGAGCAGGUGGUGCGGGGUCACUUCAAAUCUGUGUCGGCCGAGGUGGAGGCGCUGGCCCUGGAGGUGGGCUGGAGGAGCGUCUUCUUCACCAGCAGGCUGCAGCUGCAGAAACAGAUCAGCCGCAUGAGGCAGAGGAGCCACAAGCAAAUCUGUGUGGAGCCGGAGAGCCACAUCGUAGUGCAGGGUAGUGAGGACCCAGAGAGCACCACUGCUGGGAUAGAGCCAGGUUCCCAGCUGCACUCCGGGCAAGGCGAGCACAGGGGGACUCAGGGUGUGGCAGAGGGGACUGGAGCUCUUAUUCAGGGAGCUCACUGAAAUACAUUUUGUUUUGUCCCCACAGCCCGUUGGGGUCUGCAAACCAGAGUUUUUUGGGGGUUUUUUGACAAAAAGGAUUACUGUUUAAUGUUUCUGCAUCGCAGAGUUUUUGUGCGUGUUUCUCCUUUCAUUUGUACAGCUGCUGAGUAAAAGUGUGCGUUGGAAGAGUGUUUUGUCUCAUCAACGGCCAUCAGACGGGUAGACAGACUAGCAGUGGACAGUUAUGUGUCUGUAUCUGCUGUUGGUGUGCUGUAGAAAGGCGCUGUGCAGCUCAAGCAGGCCUACAUUGCUUGGUGGUGUGUUCCAGGGACCCCACGUUUGCAGAAAAUA